GCACAACCUUUACCUCGACCUUCUCGACCUUUGCCUUGGCGAUUUAGGCGACAACUACAGUACACUCAAAAAAGACGAAUCAGAAAUAGGCAGCAGGUUUUUUACGUCUGCUUAGUGAUAAUUUACCGCUUUUUACAUCAUCAUGUCGGAUCCUCAAGCACGGUUACAGGCGCUGUCUGAGGACUUCCAGAAGCUUCAAGGCGAACUUCAGAACGCUGUGGCGUCGCGACAGAAGUUGGAGGGUCAGAAGCAGGAGAAUAUUGGUGUGCAGCAGGAAUUUGAGCGACUACAAGAGGGGGAGACAAUCUACAAGCUCGCUGGGCCAGUGUUGCUGAAGCAAGACAAGUUUGAGGCUGAGAACACAGUCAAGGGUCGUCUGGACUUUAUCAGUGGUGAAAUUACACGACUAGAAGACACAAUCAAGGAGACACAAGAAAAGCUGGAGAAGAAAAAGACAGAGAUCAUUCAGAUUCAGACCGCAGCUCAAAGCCAGGGCAAGGAAGCACCUCAGUAAUGACGAGAGA